CCCCUCUCCUCCUUCCCCUUCCCGCCACCAUGGCGGCCGCCUCCGCCGCGGCCGCCUCAACCGUGUCCGCGAUCUCCAACCACGUUGCCGCCGGGCACCUUUUCGCUGCCAUCGACGCCCUCCCGGCGUGCUUUAGCUCCUCCUUGCUCCCGGCCUCGCUUUACACCUCGCUCCUCAGCCUGGCCACCUCCCGCCGCUCCCUCGCUGCCGCCCGCCGCGUCGCCUCCCACCUGGCCUCCUCUUCGUCAUCUGUCCCUUCCACCUCGCGCUCAUCCAUUCCAACCUUCCUCUUCAACCGCGCCAUCGAGUCGCUCGCUGCCUGCGGCAGCCUCGCCGACGCGCGGGAGCUGUUCGACGCAAUGCCGCGCCGGGACGGCGGUUCUUGGAACGCCAUCAUCUCCGCCGCGUCCCGCGCCGGGAACCCGGCAGAGGCGUUAUCCCUCUUCGCCCACAUGAGCUCUGUUGGCAUUCGCCCCAAGGACGUCACACUGGCAUCAGUGCUUGCCUGUUGUGCUGAGUGCCUUGACCUGCGUGGUGCACAGCAGCUCCACGGUCAUAUCGCGAAGAGGGACUUUCAGUCCAACGUGAUUCUAGGCACGGCACUAGUUGAUGUGUACGGAAAGUGCCUCGUGCUUGCUGAUGCAAAGCGGGCAUUUGAUGGCAUACUGCAACCUAAUGACAUUUCAUGGAAUGUAAUAAUAAGGAGAUAUCUUCUCGCUGGGAUGGGCGACAUGGCAGUUCAGAUGUUCUUCAGGAUGGUACGGGCUGGAGUUAGGCCACUGGUUUAUACUGUCACACAUGCAAUGCUUGCUUGCCGGGAUAACUGUGCACUUAGAGAAGGGAGGUGCAUACAUAACUUUGUGCUCCGACAUGGGUAUGAGCACCACGUACAUGUGCGCAGCUCAGUCGUAGACAUGUACGCAAAGUGUGGCGACGUUGAUGCAGCGCAAAGGCUCUUCAACCUGGCACCAAUGAAGGACGUGGUGAUGUCCACUUCAAUUGUGUCAGGAUUGGCUGCUUGUGGGAGGAUUGCUGAUGCAAAGCGGGUGUUUGAUAGCAUGGAAGAACACAAUUUGGUAUCCUGGAAUGCAAUGUUGACCGGCCAUGUCAGGUCCAUGGAUCUGACUGGUGCUUUAGAUUUGUUCCAGCAGAUGAGGCAGGAGACAAAAGAGCUUGAUGCUGUUACACUUGGAUCUGUGCUCAAUGCCUGUACAGGCCUUCUUGACCUCGGGAAAGGUGAGGAGCUCCACGCGUUCGCUUUCAAGUGUGGUUUGUUCAGUUAUCCGUUUUUGAUGAAUGCACUUGUGAGGAUGUAUUCCAAAUGUGGAUGCUUGAGGAGUGCAGAACAGCUUCUUCUAUUUGACAUGGGGUCACAGAGAGACCGAUACUCCUGGAACUCACUGAUCUCAGGUUACGAACGUCACUCCAUGAGUGAAGCAGCUCUGCAUGCUUUACGUGAGAUGCAAUCCGAGGCAAUACCUAGCCAGUCCACGUUCAGCUCUGCGCUUGCAGCCUGUGCAAACAUAUUUCUGCUUAAGCAUGGGAAGCAGAUUCAUGCAUACAUUAUCAGAAACGGGUAUGAGAUUGAUGAUAUACUGCGAAGUGCACUGGUUGAUAUGUAUUCCAAGUGUAGGCUGUUUGAUUACUCCACCAGGGUCUUUGAGUCGGGAUUAUCUCAGGACGUUAUCCUGUGGAAUUCUAUGAUCUUUGGAUGUGCUUACAAUAGUAAAGGUGACUAUGGGCUUGAAUUGUUUGAUGAAAUGCGGAAGAAGGGGAUUAGGCCUGACUCUGUCACUUUCCUUGGUGCUCUGGUUUCAUGUAUCUGUGAGGGGCAUGUUGGAAUGGGGAGGAGUUAUUUCACUCUGAUGACUGAUGAGUAUAGCAUCAUCCCUCGCAUGGAGCACUAUGAGUGCAUGAUCGAACUGUUGGGGAAGCAUGGAUACAUGGUUGAGCUAGAGGAUUUCGUGGAUCAUAUGCCCUUCGAACCAACAACUGCUAUGUGGCUCAGGAUCUUCGACUGCUGCAGGGAAUACAGGAACAGAAAAUUAGGGGAGAGGGCUGCUCAGCGCAUCAACGAAAGCAAUCCCCUGACUCCAGUUAGAUUUGUGGAGUCUGCUCCUGACUAUGAGUGCAGUGACAGUGAUGAUGUUGAUGAGUCCAUGCCAUUCUCCUAGGCGGACAAAAUUGGUGAGGAUCAAAAUUCAAACUGUGAGCCAUGAGACUGAUUUUUCUGUGGCUGAGUCGCUGAGAAGCUAAAUUGGCAAUCUAUUAGAAGUCAUAUACUUGAAUAUGACCCUUUAGCUGCCUUUAAGCUGCUAGGAUCACCGUUGAGGAUACCCUGCUAAGGAAGGCAUUCAAGCUGAAUGCUGAGCUCAUAUUCUGAUUGACUGAUAAUUGAUGCCUAUCGAGGCUCCAAAUCUUCCUCUGCUGUCCUGUGGGUUCGAGUCGGGUCACAAUGUAGUUAACAAGUGUGAAAUCACAUAGCACUGAAUUUCCCAAUUCCAGGCUUCACAUUCAGCAACUCAUCUGCACCUCGACUUAAGUAAGACUACCGCCCUCGAGUUGAAGCUUGCUCUACAAUGAGAACUCUCGGAGAGCAAAUGGCAGUCCUUCAGAGGUAGGAAGAUGCCGAGGCAGUUGUCUGACGCCUUACUGUUGGUCUAUGCUUAUGCGUAGCUUUUUUUUUUUAAAAAAGUACAGUUGGCACCUUGUAUCUGGUGCCCUGCAUGUCAACUGUAAAUAUCUUUGCUCCCUCUAUAGAAAGAGUAACUGCUGUUCCGAACGCUGAAUCUCUGCAUAAAGCGGAAAGGAUUGUAAUAUGCUAUGCAAGAUUUAUCUGAAACCCCCAAAUACAGUAAUGUUAACAUGGAUGAUGAGAUUAAUA